GGAUGGGGUGUUUGGGGCGGUGCUGUGUUCCCUGCCGGGGGUGCCGCGGGUCCCGCUCCCGGGACAGGCUCUGUCCCCGCUCCCGCUGGAUCCCGGCGGUGCCGGGGGUGCACGGCAGCCCGGAGAGCGGGUUCGAUUGGGUUCAGAUGCUCGAGAGCCCUGUGGGGUCAAAGACGAGGACUGCGGUGCUGCCCGGGGCUCGCUGAGUGGGAGAUUUGCUGGGGCAGGAGUUACCCAGGCUUUGUGUGUCGGGGCUGCUGUCCCUGCCAGGGCCAGGCUGUGUUAAGAACUGUGGUCUGGCAGUUAUUUUUUCCACUUUGACAGAGUUGCUUUGACUUUGUUUCCAUCCCAGCGCUCUAAUAUUGCCUCCCUGUGCGUUUCUCUCCUAGCAAUGUGUUCUCAGCCUGGACAAAGCUGUUGGGUUCCUCCGAGCAGCUACUGCAUUGUGAUCUGAGUGUGUCAGGAUCUCAGCUUGUGGGGAGAGGGCUGUGGACUGAAGGAUGGUUCUAGAAAGCCCCGGUUGAAUAAAAGUAGCGAGACCACAGAAUCCCAGAAUCACUGAGGUUGGAAAAGCCCCUGGAGUCCCCCCUGUGCCUGAUCCCCACCUUGUCCCCCAGCCCAGAGCACUGAGUGCCACAUCCAGUCAGUCCUUCCUUGGACACCUCCAGGGGUGGGGACUCCAAACCUCCCUGGGCAGCCCCUGCCAAUGUCUGACCACCCUUGCCAUGAAGAAAUUCCUCCUGAUGUCAAACCUGAACCUACCCCGAUGAGGGAAAUUUGGGAUCUCCUAAUGUCAUGCAGGGAGCUGUCCACACUCUGCUGGGUCCCCCUGCAGGCCCUGGGGUCCCCCCAGGGCUCUGCUGUCUCGAGCAGGGAAGGGGCAGGGUGAAUCCAGCCAGAAGUCUCGGGUGUUGGGGUUUGAUCCGUGUGCAGGUGAGACUUCCCUGAGGGAAGGAACGUUUGUUCCACCCUGAGGGAGGUUCAGUUUUACCCAGUGGGUUUGGGAAACCUGAGCCAAAGUGGAGUUUCUUGUCAGGAAAUGCUGGUACCUUCAGUGGUUAACAGCCCAACAGGAACUUUCAGGAUAUUGAUUGAACCCAAGGGGAAAAAAACAAUCCAUAGUUUCCAGGCAGUUCUGUUCCCUGAUCCGAGGGAUCCCUGGGGGAUCCCGGCCGCUCUGCAGGGUGAGCCCACACCUGCCUGUUCCUGUGGCAGCACAGCCUGCAAGGGCCUUCAGGCACCUGUGGAGCACCAGAUGGAAGUUUGUGCCCCCUGGCUGGAGCCUUUGUGCAGGCAAACAUUCCCUUCCCGGGGCUCCACGGUCCCCACGGAGCCGCAGGGACCCCCCGGGCUCUGGGGUUCACUGAGCACCGAGUGCUGGAACCAGCUCUGCCCUGCCAGGAGCUGCUGCUGAGCAGCUCUGGGGCUGGCCCUGAGCGGUGCUGAGCGCUCUGUAGCCUCGGCUGGGGGUUCAGCCAUCGGUCACCUCGUGGGCUGAGCAUUCCCCUCUGCCAUGGGACCUUCCAAGCCCUGCUGGCCAUGACUGUGGGAUUUCCUGGGGUGUGACCGUACCUGUCUCACAGGUUGUCUCAGCCAAGCCCAGCUGCACCAGGAGAAAGGCACUGGAGAGAAAAUCCAUUGUGGUUUCCCCACCUCAGCACUUGGGCUCUGUGGGCAGGUUCAGCCUGUCAGAACUCAUCCCUCCCGAUUUGUAUUCCCUUCCUCAGCCCUUCCCUGCCUGUGACCCUUUGCCGUGGGCGUGGUGAGGGACACCCUGGCACAUCCCCUCAUCCAUGGCUUGGAGCAGGGGAUGUAGUGGCAGCUGGGACAAGGAAGGAGGUGGCUGGUUGCUCACAGGGCUGUGUGUCACCCUUCUUUGGGGCUCAGCAAGUCCCCCCAGAGCCCAGGGCAGUAGCACCCCAAAUUACACACUUAGGCUGCUCCUGCUCUGCCUUUAGCACAGUCCAAGCUCAGAGUUUCAUCAGAGUUUCAUCAGCUUUUAAUGAGGUGUCCUGGGGGUUGGGGUUGGGCGGUCCUGCUCCUGAGAGACCCUCAGCUGGGGGGUGGGUGUCUUGGCAGUAGGAGUGUCACACUGUCUGUGCCUGUAUUUUGGGUGAGUCCUGGUCCCCAGCUCAGCCUUUGUGGUGGCUCUGGGAUUCCCCUGGAUUGUCUCUCCAAGCAAAGACCGUGUUGCUGUUUGAUAUUCAGAGUUCUGGAUAGUUUGGGAACUGUCUAAAGAGGGAGAGGAUCCCAAACUCCCCUUAAAGCGAGCGAUGGACUGUCCUGUCCCUGGAGCGUUCUGGGAUCAGGGGAAUAGAUCCCUGUGUGCUCAGAGGGGGUUGUUUUUCCUGCACUGAGCCGAACCGGGAGCAUUCCCGGAGCAGCCGGGGCAAAGCUGGGAGGCAGCGCGGAGAUUGGCUGAGCUGUGGGAUUUUCCAGCUGGAUUUACAUCUCGCCCACUGCUCCGCAUGCCUUUGUGUUUACAUCACUGGGGAGCGAUGCACACACGCACACAGAUAGCGGGAGGGCCCGUGCACAGUGCACAGCUCGGGAUCGGGGCAUGGAGGCGCCUGGCCGGGCUCUGCUGCUCCGGGCCGGCCGAGGGUGAGUGUCCCCCACAGAGCUGACUGCUCCGGGGUUGGGGGUCAGCCCGUCCCCAGCGCUCCCUGGGAAGCUGCUCUGCUUUAGCCAUCACAGCAGGGAGGGAGGACCUGCUCCCAUCCCUUAGUGGAGAGCUGGGAUCCAGCGCCAGUUUGGAAGUGGGUACCUGUGGCCUGUCCAACAGCCAGAGCCCUGCUGUGCUGGUUUUAUGAUCCUUCAGGGUGACCUUUGCAAGGAGGUGGAACCCUUGAUUGCAGCAACUCAGCAAGUGUGCUCUGGGGCUGUUCCUGGUGGUUUCAGGGCUGGGAAGUCCUCAGUUUUCCUUAGGCAGAGUUGUGAGCACGGAAGCCAAGUCUGUGAGGAGAGGCCGUGUCCAGGUGCCUCCCCUUUGUAUCCGAAGUCACCGUGGGGAAGUGAUUGAAAUCCGUGGUGUUUGGGGGCCGUGGGACACUGAACAGUGCUGCUGUCUCAAACCUGUCCAUAGGUUUGCCAUGGUGGAAGUGUCCACGGCCACUCAUUCCUUUUGGAAUCCAAGAUUCUGAGGGUCACAGUUUGAUCAGUGAGUGUAGGUGUCUACCUUGUGCCUCCUGCUUGUUCUCAGUGGCAAAGUCCGAGGCAACUGUACAAAAAAAAGAGCAGGUAACUGGAAUUUGCUGGGUUAUUUUUCUUUGAGAAGGUGCUGAUGCGUUUCAGCCUGAUCUUUGAAGUGCUCCAAUUGCACCCAGAGGGCAGGAGUGUGUCAUAGAGUUUCAAAGCUUUGGAGGAUGUUGGGGGGGAGCAGGGGGUGGAAGUGAUACUUUGUGCUUUCUGAUUCAUGUUUAUGGGCUCAGGUUUCUUAUGACUUUAAUCUGGAAGAAUCCCAUAAUGUGAUGGGGUGGUUACAGCUUUGCAGAGGAGUGCAGUGCAGCCAGUAAGGCAAAGCAGCUGGAAAAGGCCUCAGUGGUGGCACAGGAAUCGAGGAAUGAAGGAGAGGAGGAGCUGUGAUUGCCUUGGCUCUAGCAGGGCUCCAGGAGAGGAGGAUCUAGGUGAGACAAAUGUUCCUCUGGCUCCCUUGGGAGAACAGAGGCUGAACCUCUCCAUACCCAGGCUUUGCUGCUGACCUGCUGUGUCUUAGAGGAUUUUUAGGUGAGUUGCAAGCCCCUCUGUCGACCAGGUUUGCAGCAGCAGGGCCUGAGCCAGCCCACAGGACCCUGUGGGGUCUUGGCAGCCACUUGGUCUCUCUGUCAAGCAAGGCUGAGGAGCAGCAGUGAGCACCAGUUGAGGUGUGAGUGGUGUGACUGAUCUCAGCUUUUAAAGCCUGAUAAUUCUUACCAAGAUCUGCCUUGCACAGAGCUGACCAUUUCCUCCCAGGGAACUGCAGCAGGACUGCGAUUUUUGCCUUAGAGGGGUAGGAUGUUGUUGGUUUGGCGGCUUGGUUGGAGUUUUAUUCAUUUUCCUUAACCAAAUGCCCAGUUUAACAAUGUGAUGGUGUCUGAGUGGGCCUGUUCUUUGAGGGAGGACGUGGAAGAGCACAAGCUGUGAAAGGCACAGCACGAAGCUGCAGCAUUAGGGCCAACUUUUAAAGCACCUUUUGAUUCCAGGCUUUGUGUGGAGGAGCUCUGGACGUGCCUGUUCCUGCCAGCCUGGCUGCCCAGCAGUGGCUGUGCAGCUGCUGAGCCCAGACACAGCCAUUUCGGUUGGAGGGGUCAGAACUACCGAGCCCUGGUCUGCAUAACAAAAAUGGGGUAAUAGAUGGGUGCUUCCAGGUUACCAAAAAUGGAACUAAAGCUUCAAAUGUAGCUUUCGUGUCAUGGAACAGCACUGAACAUUGGCCUCUGUUCUUCCUUUUAACUUCAUUUUUUUGGGGGGAGGGGAAAAAUGAGAUGCUUUGUUCCACCAGAGCAAUCACUUUUGAUCCAGUUAUGGGCACAUUUGAAAGUUACUGCUUCAGGUUAUUUAACAUGAAGUAUUACAAAAAAAAAUCUUCUAUCCCAAGGAGUCAUUGUCCAUUAGGAAAAGCAGCAUAGGACAUGAUUUCCUGUCCUGAACCCCGUUAGCUCAAAGGCAUGGCCACGUUCAAGCAGCUGUUGAAUGUGCCCUCGCAGCCCUGCAGUCGGUGGAAGUGCUGGUAAAAGCAGCAGCAAUUAAAAAUAUCAGUUUUAUUUUUAUUGAUGACAGCUCGGUACAAUUUUGGUCUCAGGAAAGUUUUUAUGACUUAUAAGAAAAACUUCUGAACGAUACAAAGACUGUUCCACAGAACCCAACACGCACCAGACGGAGGUGCCACGUUCUGUCGGUGAGGCUGAACUUCUGCUCAUGUUUUAUUCCUUCUAGCACUGACUGCACAUCUUGGUGUACGGUCCUGGCCCUCAAGAGGCCUCCCAAAGGGUGUAAGAAAGGUCCUGCUGGGUCAGAGCAUCAGUUCUGUCUUCAGCAGUUAUGGAAAUCAUGGAAUCCUGGAAUGGUUUGGGUUGGAAGGACCUUAAAGCUCAUCUCACUCCACCCCCUGCCAUGGGCAGGGACACCUUCCACCAGCCCAGGGUGCUCCAAGCCCCGUCCAACCUGGCCUUGGACACUUCCAGGGAUGGGACAACCACAGCUUCUCUGGGCACCCUGUGCCAAAAUUGGUGCUGGAACCUGACCACUUUCUACCACCCAUUUGCCUCAUGUUUUCCCACCACUCAGACAACUUGGAUUAGAUACCUCAACCCCUGAUUGUUGUAUUUGUCAUCCCCUGAAGUUUCUCUACCCUGUGUCUCCUUCCAAAGCAAGGACCAGAGUUACAGCAUGCAGGAGACAAGUACAUGGAUGUUUUAUGUAGCACCCCAUGACACCCUCGUGGUUGUUCUCUCGGCAUUUGUGAUGCUGCUCAGCAUCUCAUUGGCCUGUUUGGUGCUGUCCUCUGGGCUGAGAGCUCCAGCUCAUUGUAGAGACUCCAGUGUCUCAUUCUGGAGCUGAGCAUCGUUACUGUUCCCUGGGUGCAUUGUUUCACACUUCUCUCCAUUUUACAAAGCUUUUAGCUUGUCUGCCGUCUCUUUGUCUCCUCAGUUUUGGGAGGUUUUCUGUAAGUUCUUCACCACCAAUGUGGUAUUUGACUGGUCAGAAGAGCUGAGUGCCACCUGCAAACGUGGUGAUUUCACUGCUUGCUUUGGUUCAACAUCUUCAUCUGGGACCUGGAACGAGCUGACCCAGCAGUGGUUCUGAGGGAGCCCUGGCUUAGUCUUCCCUAACCUGAGGAGUGACCAGUGGGCUCCACCCUCUGCUUCCUGUCUGGUGACUGAGAGGUGUCUAUCUCAGGGAUCUGGGCUAGCUCAGCAUUCUGAGGCCUGUGUUUUACCAGUCAGACCAGAUGCUGAUAGUCCUCAUCACCAUGAGGUACUAGUAGUCACAGAAUAAUUAAUUAGAGUUGGAAGGGACCUCUGGAGACCAUCUAGUCCAACUCCCUGGCAAGGCAGGGUCACCUAGAGCAGGUAACCGUGUUCUUUAAGCCCUGUUGAUGCAGCUCACAGGGCUCUUUUGGGUGCUAUUUCCACCACACAUACCAGGGAAGCCAGUGUGACUGUCCCCAGGCUGUCUCUGGGAUUUCAGAUGUUCCCUUGCUGGUUGCUGAGGGCCACUAAGAACCAGUUCAUAUGAAUGGGCAACACCUUGGUCCUGCAGAAGGACAGGGUGCACAGCCUGCCCCAACUGGGCUGGAUAUACUGGCCCUGUGAGCUCCCCCAGAGGAGCCCUGGAUGUGUGAGAGCUUGGGAUACAGAGAAAGGGGGUGUAGCCCCCAAACCCACCCCCUGUUCUCAGCACCCCGUGCCUUCUCCUUGUCCCGUGGAGCUGGGCUGUGGGAACUUCUCAGAUUAUUUCCCUGGGGAUGUGCCAGUACUCUCCAGGAUGUGUAACCCUCAUCCUGGCUGUGGUGUUGUAAGAGGAACAGGAGCUCUUACGCCAUAAAUACCCGGGCUGUGAGAUAAGGAAGUUCAUGUCACACAGGGGCUGUUCCAGCCAGAGCAGGAUAACCCAUGCCUGUCUUUCCUGCUGGCAAACACUCCUGCUGAGAUGAUUUUGCUGCUCCAGUGGUUUCCUUGGGGGUGAAUAACCUUGGAGAGGGCUUCAGUGGAGAGAGGAAGGCGGGGGAGAAGAACCAGCAGAUGUAGGACACGCUGAGCGUCACAGGCUGGCGGUUGCGUAAGGCAAAGGAGGCUCUUGCUGGUGUCUUGGCAAGGAGGUGCUGUGGGACAUUGCAGCUGCCAGUCAGCACAUGUCACCUGCAGGACCCACUGCCGUGCCCCUGGCUCACCUGGAGAGCAGCCAGAGCACAAACCCCAGCAGUGCCCUGGUGCCUGCAGAGGUGGGGUUCCUGCGCUGGGAACCGGCUCUCCAUCAGGACCAGGCAGGUUUCGUGAUGGUUGUGAAGGAUGGGAUACUCUGCUGCCCCUUCUCCUCAUGCCAUGUCCCCCCUUCAAAGCCUUGGAUCUUCUGCAGAGUAUUGGGAAUAAUUGUGUGUGCUCUGGGGGCAGAGGGAAGGCAGAUGCCACCAGACUCCUCUUCAGCAUGGCCAGUACUUCCAUGGAACUGAGUGACCCUUAAUGUCCCUUCCAACUCAAACCAUUCCAGGACUCUGUGAUUAGCCAGGCCACUGGUCCCAGAGGUGAUUCUCCUCCCUGCUUUGAGGUGGUUGGCAGGGUUGGCAGCAGUGUGAUCCACGGCUGAUCCCACUGGAUCUCCCCUCAGCAGCAGGGAGGAAGAGCACUGCUUCCCCCAGCUGCCUCUGCAGCUACUGGUGGUUGGGUUUUUCCUUGCCUGGAUUACUACAGUAGGAUUUUAAGGCUUUUUUCUCACUGAGUCUCAAAAGCCUGAGUUGAUCCCUGUGGUGUGCAAAUGCUGAAACUCAUCCCUUCCCCUGCCUCGCAUCUGGUUGCGAUCAGCCGUGGGAUUUACUGGAUGGCCUGUCCCCACUGCUUCCUUUUCCAGGGUAGAUUUUUUUUCCCCUCUUUGUUUACUGUAAAAAACACUGAAGUUGCAUGUCAGAAAAAAAGAAAAAAAAAAAGAAGUAUUAGAAAAAUUAACUGCAGGCAAGGAGAAUCUGGGUCACAGGCUGGGAUCCCCAGGAGGGACACUCAUCCUCUGGGCCUGGGAGCACAGGACGCUGUAGCUGGCAGGGUUCAGGUGCCAAGCCAAGGUGCAGAAAUCUGGCAGAGGUUUUUGCAAGUGCUGUAGGAAUCUGAUAUUAUUAUUGACAGCAUCAGCUCUUUUUUGCCUCCUUUUAACUUGCUGGAUACCAGUUGGAAAAGGCCUUUCUCAGUACCUCUUGGAAGACAUGAGGAGCUGUCAGACAGUGCUCUGGGGAGGUGUCUGCUCUGCUGAAAUGCUCCUGCCUAUGGGUGGGUGCAGAGAUUUGGGCUGAAAUCAGAUAUUCUCGUGGCUGCUGGUGUUCUGCAGCCUGGCUGGUACUCCACUCAGCGUUUUUGCCAUUGCUCACAUUCCUCUGCUCUCUGUUCAGAGCAGACAGAGCAGGUCCCUGCUGCUGCUUGCAGGUGGGUUGCUCAGCCAGGCUGCAGAGCACAGGUCAUGCUUAUAAACAAUGAGUGGAAAAUCCCCAUUCUCUUCCUCACUUUGGAUUUAUCCAUGCUCUGUUACUUUUGUUUCGGUGGGAUUUUGGGGCAGGGUGAGACUGGAGAUGCUUCCUUAGUGCCUCUCACAGGACACUUCUCCAUGGCCUGUGGGUUAUCCCUGGGAAGUUCCCAGGCAGGUGCUGUAGGGGUCACUGUAGUGGCUCAGGUGCCCGCAGUCACUGUUUGUUGCACGUCUGAUCCAACGUUUAAGGAUAUUCCAGAGCUCCUCAAGCUGUUAGUUAUCCCCAUUUUCGGUUUUCCCUGUCUCCGAGUGCUUUCCCAUCGCUCGAGUCACCAUCUGUUACAUCUGAAGGUGAUACAUACCCUGAAAAUGAGAAGGGAAUGAAGCUUCUGUGUGAGUCUCCAGACAGCCCACAAUCCACCAUCAGGAUGGGCUUCCUCCCUUUCCAUCUGGGAACGAUUGUUUGCCCUAAAACCCAACAGGAAUAUUUUAUAUGCGAGGUUCCCUUAACGCUGACACGGCUGGUGAGGUGGGAGCACAUCCCUGCUCCUGGCUUUGAGCAGUGCAGGAUGAAGGGGGUUUGGGCAGAUGUUGCUGAGUUUCUGUGGAUUCAUAUCCCUGAAAAGUGAGUCCCUCUGUUUCUACCUUAGUGGAAAUGACCAGAGCUCAGCUGCUUUGUUACACACAGGGAACCCAUGGAGAGGGGAAAUUUAGGGAUGCAUGCAUGUGAUGAUUAAGGAUGAGAUAAUGCAGCCUCGAGACAUGAGACCCCAGGAAAUGUGGCAGUUUAUGCCAUCACUCGUGGAAGAACUUAGCUUUUAUGAGCACUGCAUCAUCUGGAGAGCCCAGCUGCAGACCUUUUUGACUCUUUGAUCUUCAGGCUUUGUAGUGCAGGAAUGCUGUGCAGAAGAGGUGAAUUUUUGCUGGGAGGAAGCCCAGAGCUCCAGGGGGUUGUCCAAGGCUGCCGGAGGGUGAGAGGCUGGGUGAGGUUCAGAUCUCAUGGGGCCACAGCCAGUGUUACCCAAAAGCUUUGCCUGCCCUCUCCCACCACCCACCCUCCCAAUUCCCUCUAAUCUCUGUGCCCUAAGGAACACUGACAGGAAUGAAAGGAUCUGAUGGCCACAGCCAAACUUCUGGCUUGCUGGAGCCCAGCUUUAAACUCGGCAGGUCUCCCUGGUGCAGCAGCACAACACUGCUUCAGUCCUGCUGGUUUUGAGACAGCUCCAGCAACUCUGCUCAGCAUCUCCUCAGGGAUCUGGCAUUUGCAAAGAGCCAGGACAGUGCUGUCACAUGUGUGGAAAACAUUAUCCAGAUCCCUGGUUUUAAGAUGGGUUUAGCUUCGGAGUUUGUUUGUUUGGAUUUUCAUUGGAAUUUGUGUGGGGUUUUUUUGUUUUGUUUUGUUUUAGACUGUAGCUUUUUCUGAGAGUUUAAUCUGGAGUAGCAAUUCCCUGGAUUCUGCUGCUGCUGUUGCUGGCUGCCUGACAGCUGUUGGAUCCAGAGCUGCAGGGAGCAUCAGGAAGUGCUGUGUCAGGCCCUCAGCAGAGCCUUGGUCAAGGACAGCUCGAGUGUCACCUUUGCAGUGUUUAAAAUGCAAGUGCAGGAUGUGCCAGCCCCGUGUGCAGGCAGCCUUGUGCCAGGGCUCUCCAGGGAGGUGGGAAUCCCUGGACAAGUCCCCGGUUGCAGCUACACAGUGGGACCCUGUCUCUCUUGGAGUCUCAGUUUCCCUGUCUGUAAAGGUGGAGAAAUCACAGUGGUGAUUUUGUAAGGAGCUUGGAGGUUUAGGACUUGUCACCUCCAGGCCAGGGAAAACCAACUGCUAGAAACCCCCGAGACACUUCACCUCCCAACAGCUGGAAGUGGGAGCAGCAGGAGUGUGUGGAAGCCUGGCUGGAGCAGAGCCAUCUCUCAGGACCUGUGGGGUGUUCCUUACAAGGUCUUGUCCUGCAAAAAGGGGUUUUGGUUGUCUUAGUAAACCCUUUUUGGCCUGUCUGUCCUCACUGCAGGUGUGUGUCUGUUUAGCCCCUGGAAAUACCAAGUGAAAAUACCAAGGCUUACCUCGGACAGAAAGGGGUGCCCUGGAGCACCAUCAGGUUCUGAGGUUGAAGAAAGCAAACUGCAGGUGUUUAUGCAGGUUAUUGUUGUGGAAUUCUUGACUUUGCAAACUUGAGCUUAGUGAAAAUCCGUGUAAACAGUGGAAAAAGAGAAAUGAGCCCCCUUUUAAAAGAUAAUAUUUUUAGAAAAUGCUGAACUCUCAUCCAAGAAUGAUUCAAAGGAAUCUGACUUUGUCCUUGCCUCUUCCUCCUGAAAAUCCAGGUUUAUGUGAGUUUAGGUAAACACUUGGACUUAGUGCUGCAGGAGAGUGUUCUCUGAGCCCAGGAAAAUACAUACAACAAACCUAACUCCCUUUCCCUUCUUCCACAGAGCAAGCUUCCCAUGACUAACAGAUGCUGGCCUAGAUUAUGAGCUCAAACAAGAACGCUCGCUACAAUCGAUUCUCCAGUGGCACAACAAACAUCACUCCUUCAGAAAACACUAACGGGACAAGAAUGGAAACAACUUUUGGACCAGCCUACUCUACUGUGACAACUAUCACAAAGGCUGACGGGACCAAUACUUUCAAGCAGCACCGCCGGACCCCGUCCUCCUCCAGCACACUCACCUAUUCCCCUCGGGACGAGGAUGAUGGCAUGCCCCCGAUCAGCACCCCACGCCGCUCUGACUCUGCCAUCUCCGUCCGUUCUUUGCACUCCGAGUCCAACAUGUCCUUGCGCUCGACGUUCUCACUCCAUGAGGAAGAGGAGGAGCCAGAGCCCCUGGUGUUUGCUGAGCAGCCCUCUGUGAAGCUGUGCUGCCAGCUGUGCUGCAGUGUGUUUAAGGAUCCGGUCAUCACAACCUGUGGGCACACAUUUUGUAGAAGAUGUGCCUUAACAUCUGAGAAGUGCCCCGUGGACAAUGCCAAACUGACAGUGGUGGUGAACAACAUCGCUGUGGCCGAGCAGAUCGGGGAGCUGUUCAUCCACUGCAAGUACGGGUGCCGAGCCGCGGCCAGCAGCAAGCCCACCGCCUUCGAGGUGGACCCCCGCGGCUGCCCCUUCACCAUCAAGCUGAGUGCCAGGAAAGACCAUGAGAGCAGCUGUGAUUACCGGCCCGUGCGCUGCCCCAACAACCCCAGCUGCCCUCCUCUCCUCAAAAUGAACCUGGAGGCACACCUGAAGGAGUGUGAGCACAUCAAGUGUCCCCACUCCAAGUACGGGUGCACAUUCAUAGGGAACCAAGACACUUAUGAGACCCACCUGGAGACGUGCAAGUUCGAGGGUCUGAAGGAGUUCCUGCAGCAGACAGACGAUCGCUUCCAUGAGAUGCAGGUGGCCAUGGCCCAGAAGGACCAGGAAAUUGCCUUCCUGCGCUCCAUGCUGGGGAAGCUCUCUGAGAAAAUCGACCAGCUGGAGAAGAACCUGGAGCUGAAGUUUGACGUUCUGGACGAGAACCAGAGCAAGCUGAGCGAGGACCUGAUGGAAUUCCGCAGGGAUGCCUCCAUGCUGAAUGAUGAGCUCUCACACAUCAAUGCUCGGCUCAACACGGGCAUCCUCGGAUCUUAUGAUCCACAGCAGAUCUUCAAGUGCAAGGGGACCUUUGUGGGCCACCAGGGCCCCGUGUGGUGUUUGUGUGUGUACUCCAUAGGAGACUUGCUCUUCAGUGGCUCCUCAGACAAAACCAUUAAGGUGUGGGAUACCUGUACCACAUACAAGUGCCAAAAGACCUUGGAGGGUCAUGAUGGAAUUGUACUGGCUCUCUGCAUCCAGGGGAACAAGCUGUACAGUGGCUCUGCUGACUGCACCAUCAUUGUCUGGGAUAUUCAAAACCUGCAGAAGGUGAACACGAUCCGAGCACACGACAAUCCUGUUUGCACUUUGGUCUCCUCACACAACAUGCUCUUCAGCGGCUCCCUCAAAGCCAUCAAGGUCUGGGAUAUUGUAGGUACCGAGCUCAAGCUGAAGAAGGAGCUGACAGGUCUCAAUCACUGGGUGCGAGCGCUGGUGGCUUCCCAGAACUAUCUGUACAGCGGAUCCUACCAGACCAUCAAGAUCUGGGACAUCCGCAACCUGGAGUGUGUGCACGUGCUGCAGACGUCCGGGGGCAGCGUGUACUCCAUCGCCGUGACCAACCACCACAUCGUGUGCGGCACCUACGAGAACCUCAUCCACGUGUGGGAUAUAGAGACAAAGGAACAGGUCCGCACGCUGACGGGGCACGUGGGGACAGUCUAUGCCCUCGCUGUCAUCUCCACACCAGAUCAAACCAAAGUCUUCAGCGCAUCGUACGACCGGUCGCUCAGGGUGUGGAGCAUGGACAACAUGAUCUGCACCCAGACGCUGCUGCGGCACCAGGGCAGCGUCACCGCCCUCGCCGUGUCCCGCGGCCGCCUCUUCUCCGGCGCUGUGGACAGCACUGUAAAGGUCUGGACAUGCUAGUGAGAGCGUCACACUAGUCCUGCACACUGAAAGACCAAAAACUCUCCCCUCCAUCGGCCUGUGGGUGGCCACAUCCUCUGAAAUGACUGCUGCAGCUCCUCCUGCACCAACCACUGCCUGCUGCUGCCCCUGGGCCGGCCCCCCCGCAGGGAUCCUGGCUGGCGGCUCUCCCGACGGGUCUGCCCUAUGGAUGCUCCAGACGUUCCCCCAGACCUACCUUCGAUGAUUGGAAAAGCAGAGGAAGCAAUUCCAGUGCCAGUUCCCUCCUCUGCCUGCGUCCCCCCAGCUGGGGACACCCCCUGGGGCCAGGGCUGGGGUGACUCUGGGCCCCGGGCCGGGCGAGUGCAGCCCUUGGCCAGUGACGGGACUGGACGGGUCAGCGUGCCCCAGUGGUGACACUGGGAGGCUGCUCCUCUGGCCAUGGUAGGACUGAGCAUUAGGGCCUGCCCUGGGUGGGCACCCGACCCCUUUCUGUCUCUAGUAUUUAAUUUUACUGCCAAGGCGCCGGGCCGACCCAUCCAGGAAGAGGUGUUUCCUUGAGUAGCCAGGUACGAUUUUUAUGCCACAGCUAGUUCUCAAAUCAAGUUCCACAAGCCCAUUGUUCACCACCCUGUAAUAAUGGUCUCCACAUUAAAGACAAAAAGCCUCCGUUGCAUUUUUACUCACAUUUUCUACUGUUUUUAAGAUUGUAAUAUAGAUUUGAUUAUUUCUUCAUUGACAAUAAAAGCAGAAAGAGU